AUGGAAGAUUGGGAAAAAAUUCUAAUUACUCUCCUCUGUCUACUUCUUUUGAACUAUCUGUAUCCUAAAUUGUUAGACCAUUGGAAGGAUGUUCCGGAUCUAUACUUGCAAGAACAAUCUGUUAUAGGAACUACUCGUAAAGCCAAUGAGUCUGCGAUUUAUACUUCUAAUAAAUUGUUCACCGGACUCAGGGGAGGAUUGGAAAUCAGGUACGAUCACUACAAGAUUCGUACUGGAAACCUUAGAGAUAUAUGGGAGAUUUUUGUAAACCAGGCUAAGAAGGCACCGGAACCAAAAUUGAUUAGAAUUAAUGGCGAAACCAUUGAAGCAGGUAUUUUGAAUGCGAUGGCUAAAAAAUUGGGCUCAUCCAUUGAAAAGAGCACUAGUGGUGGCGCGUUAGAAAAAGUAUAUAUUCCAAGCCAUGACUUGUUUAGCAAUGUAGAUUCUCUCGUGGUCUUGAUCGGAUGCUUCAUAACUCAGAUCCCCGUUCACAUUGGUGCUGAUAAUGCUCAGUCGAACGAAAAUGAUGAUGUAUAUUACUACGACUCGUCUGCAAGAAAGGUAGGACCCAUUGUGAUUGAGAAUAUAAACACUCCAGACUAUGUGUUUGAAAACGUAUAUAACAUAAAGUAUGACCAGGGAAUCCCUUUGAAAAUUAGUAACCGUAGUGGGCAUAUAGCAAGUGAAAUAUCCUUCACUCAAGCUAACUUUGCAAGUGCCGUGGCAUCUCUGUUAAAACAUUUGCCUGAGCUGCAUUCUAUAACCAAGGAUGAUUCUUUAUUCAUUUACCAUGAGGCAGGAUCUGAAGUAAACGACAUCGUGAAGAUGUUGACUAGUUUUAUUUCAUUCUGUGACCUAGAAAUAAGUACGGAACACUUAGAGACUUCUAUUAGCAAAGCAUCUAUAGUUUCAAUUGCAGAAUCAAAAUUCUUGGCUACAGAACUUGGCCAGAAGAAGACUACAAGCUCCUUUAGGUUAAACAGAUCGUUGAACUACUUUUCAAAAGGGAUCUUUGCACCUAUUAUUAAGAGUGAGAAUAAGCCAAGGAUUAUAGUGAUCAGCCGUAAGAUUGGCCUGAAGAUGUUAAUUGGCCCAGCUGAGCUCAACCAAUACAGAUCUUUGUUGGGGUGUAGAAUAAUAGUAGAGCAGACUUACCCAAACGUUGCAGGUCCAUUACUUUUAACGGAUUUUUAUGACUAUAGAGUGAUUCCCACUAGGAACAUAAAUGGGUAUGGAUGUCUCUCCCAGUCACUUGAGAUUAAAUUAGUCAAUGAUGAUAAGAAUGUAAAUUCCAAUUACAAUGGAACUUAUGGACAAGUUUUGGUACGCGGUUACAAUAUAGGCAAGAUGGCGAAAUAUGCCAUUGGCCUACCAAAGAGACCUUCCAAUCAAAUUGACAUAGCAAAUGAAGGAUUCAUGCCGUUGGGAAUUAAAGGAAAAUGGGGAAGUGAUGGAUGCUUAUACGUUUAG